CUAGUUGACUUAUAAAUGUGUAUUUGCAAGUUUAGUCUGAGCAGCUACCGUCUGUAUUUGCAGAUACCCCGAGCGGUGAUCGAGCCGCUGCUUUUCGCGUCGCUGGUGUUCAGCGUGGCUGGUCUCCACGGCGGGUUUACCGGCUGGCUCGGCUUCAGCUUCGUCUGCAUACUGUGCGCUAACUACGCCAACGCUUAUGGCUCGUUCCUCUCAGCAUCGUUCGACCGAAUGGAGACAGCUGCCUUGUUCUCAGUUCCCUUCGAACUGAUCGGCACAAUGUUCUCCGGAAUCUACCUGAACCUCGCCAGUGCCACCAAAUACGUCUCUUGGAUCAGAUACUUCUCAGGGUUCUACUACGGAGUUGAAUCCAUCUCGAUCCUCCAAUGGGAUUCCAUUGAAUCUAUCAAAUGCGUAAAUGUACCAGGGAUGCCUUGCAUCAAAACUGGUCCAGAAGUUCUUGCGCGGUUUGGUUAUAAGGAUGAGAAUUUCUGGAGGAACUGCACUGCACUCGCGACUAUGUAUUUUGUGGCUCACUUCAUUGCAUUCACUAUGGUCCUGAAGAGAAGUAGGGGGACGCCUGUAUAUUGAUUNAA